AUGGUUACUAGACGGAAAAUCCGUCUAACAAAGCAAGCUCAAGCUCCACCACCGCUAUGCCUCUCUCUCUACUUUUAUCCCCCUCAGUUCUGGCUCGCAUACCUUCGCGCAAGCCCUAGCUUCGUGGUGACCAAAAUCGGUUCCACCGUCAGUCGCGGUUCCACCUCUCUCUUUCCCCCUGUUCGAACCGAUAAGUUCCUGGAGCCCCUUGAACUCUGCUAUAGAUCACUCUGCGCAUGUGGUGACCAACCAAUAGUAGAUGGUAGCCUUCUUGAUUUCUUGCAGCAAGUUUCCACAUUUGGACUCUCAAUGGUAAGACUCGACAUUCGUCAAGAGUCAGACCGGCACACUGAUGUCAUGGAUGCCAUUACCAAACACUUGGAGAUUGGAUCAUACCAAGAGUGGUCUGAGGAACGCAGGCAGGAAUGGCCCCUGUCAGAGCUCAGUGGAAAGCGCCAUCUGUUUGGCCCUGAUCUUCCCAAAAUAGAAGAGAUCGCCGAUGUUCUGGAAACCUUCCAUGUCAUUACAGAACUUCCCUUAGACAACUUUGGUGCCUACAUAAUCUCAAUGGCAACAGCACCGUCUGAUAUGCUUGCUGUUGAGCUCUUACAAUGGGAAUGCCACGUGAAGCAACCGCUAAGGGCCGUGCCAUUGUUUGAAAAGCUUGAUGAUCUUGAGUCUGCUCCUACUGCAGUGGCGCGGCUUUUCUCUAUUGAUUGGUACAGAAACCGAAUCAAUGGGAAGCAAGAAGUUAUGAUAGGAUACUCAGACUCAGGAAAAGAUGCCGGUCGUCUUUCUGCGACUUGGGCGCUGUACAAGGCUCAAGAGGAGCUCAUAAAGGUUGCGAAGGAUGUUAGUUGA